CGGACUCUUUUAAGAUUAUUCUUAUUUUUGAAACUCGAGAAGAGGCCGCUGGGCUUGCUCAUGUCUCAUCUCACCGUGUCCUUGGUAUCGCACUACCUCCAAGCGACGCGAAGAAACCCUUUUUCAUCAGUUCACUGGCUUUCGAGCGCGUGAUUGGAGAAGAAGCAAGAACAACAACAACAGCAGCAGCUCCACGUCUGGUGGUCGACGUGAUUCCAUCGAUUUCUUCGUCUCACUUGACACGUCGCGCGCCUUGUACUCUCGCGCACACGGCUAAUUUCGACUCGAGCCUCGACUCGAACGAAGACGGCCAGCUGCUACCUGCUGUUGUCGUCGGAUGCCGCCUCUUCACCUGUGUUGUCACCGACCCGUCCGAGAUGGCACUCGCGCAGAGCUGGUGGAGUUGCUGGUGGAGGGCGGAGCAGCGCACGGAAGGGACAUGGCCGACAACUUGAGCAUACCAUCCAAGCGCAUCACCCGUAUAGAAGUGGUAUCGUAAGAGACCUGACGCGCCGUGCUGAAGCAAGACUGAGGCGCGCGCUUUUUGUGUGGCUUUAAUAACGCUGCCUCGAAAGUCGGGUCACUGCUGACAUCUGGCGUACAGCGACUCGCGGCGGCAACCAAGACGCCCCCGAGACUGUCUGCACGGGCGAAUGGCAGUGUUUGGGUCUAUUCCUGGACAUCUGAUCCAUGCGAGGACAAUGAGAGACUGUCGUCGCGCGAGGGUGGACAGCGGCCACAGACAUGUCACGGGGAAGACAAAGAGACAUUUCCAACCGCGACGCCAUCUCCACGCUCUUUGUCUCUGCAUCCAAGACACGCAUUGAGAGAUCUCAUUUCGGUCUGGGACAAGGAGACUGGCCACAGAAUGAAUGGUAUAUCCUUGUGAGCCCACGACAUCGAGCCUGAACAUCUUCAUCACCAUCCUUCCAGACUCAAGCUUGACUCAGUUAUCAACUACUCAGCCUACGCAGGUCGCAGGUCACUUUGACAAGUACUCAAUUGAUACAUAGGUAGCCCCAGCACAACGAGAAUGGCCCCAUCAACGCGCCGAAACAGCGCCCUCGCGAAGAAAAUCGCCACUCUGCAACUUCGUCUCGCCCCAUUAGUUCCCUUACCAGCUGGACCGCCCCAUCCAGCUUUCCCGGAUACUCUUCUCGCAUUCCACCUGCUCACCGAGGCGGAGCUCGACAGUAUCGCGCAUUAUUACCACCAGUCCACUCCCUCACAAUGGUAAGCACAUAUGCAACAGCAGCACUCAGACCAUUGAGGAUACAUGUAUGGCGAACAAGCUGACCUGUUUGACUCGAAGGACGCACCGCUACCCAGCAAGCAUGAAUUGGGACAAAGACUUUCUCGCCAAACCGUCUUCACGAACACCGCACCACCCACCUCCUCACACUCCCGUAUCGGCUACCAAGGAAGGCAAGAUCCGUCGCCGUCGCAGCCGUCCAAUUUCUCACUCUGAUGACGUCUGGCUCGAAGAUCUGAUGGAUACGGUGGAAGACAUUCAAUCGCCUCUCUUGUUCCUACCGAGUCACAAUGGCGUUGAUGAUGAUGAUGGUAAUGAGAAGAAGGAUAUGCUGGCGAAUCCCACAACAACAACAACAACAACAACAGCAGCAGUCAAUCCAUAUGCGAAUAUGAGCGACAAGGAUCGGAUUCGGAUCAAGAGACGCAAAGUGGGAAAAUUUAUUGGAUUGGUAGGGAUGGAAACUCCGGUGGAGGAAAUUGCGGCGAGGAUUCAGUCGAGUUUGGAUCGUGCUAUGGAGAGGAGUCGAGAGGAGUUGAGGAGGAAUGAACAGAUUAUGACGGGGAGGAAGAAGAUGGCGUAGGAUUCUUGUUUUUCGGGGAGGUGCUUUAGCUGUUGGGACCAGAGGGAUAGAUACGGAAAAGAGGGGGAGAGAAUGUGUUUGAGCAGGAAUAGAUAUAUAUUUUUC